GCGCGUGUCAAAUGGAGCAAUGUAACGGAUCGGAGUUGACAGCCUCAGUCGAGAGGUUACUGAUUAAUCACGUUCCGGCUCCAUAACCAUAGAUAAGGACACGAGAUCCGCCUGAAUGACAGGAGAAUGACAGCAAGCCCGCAUUGAGCAUUUUAGUGUCUUCUUUACAAGGAAAAUUUGCUUUGAAUGGGGAACGUAAUUUGCAUGCUACCCAAGUUCAGGCAGGCUCUUACACAAGCCUGGAGACGGGGAACGCACCUGCCUCUCUUCCUCGACCUGUAGACUCAUUCAUCAGCACCAACCGUCUUUAAUGGGAUAAAUUAUCUCCAGAGAUCAGGUGAACAGCUGAUCUAAACUCAAGUAAGACCCUCCAGCUUCUUAAUUUCUUCUUAAUUGACAUUUUACAUCCUAAGGCCUCCGCAUGGUACUCUGGUCGAAAGAUCAAGACAAACUGUCCGACAUGUCCACCGGGACGGAAAGGAUAGAGAUGAAGAAGGAGGGGGCUCCACCAGCGUUCCACCACUCCAAUGGGUCGGUCCAUCCGGUUAUACUACCCGACAGCCCAGAGGAGGUGCCCCAGACCCCCGGGGAGUACGAACUCACAGAAGUGACCUCCAUACCGGACCGCAGUGAUCAGGAGAACGAACGGCCGGACAUGGUGGUCCUCGACUGUCGGGCCAACGCAAAGGGCCAGAGGGAAGAGGACGCGCUCCUGGAGAACGCCAGCCAAAGCAACGAGAGUGAUGACACUAGUACGGACCAAAGCCCGGUGCCGCCGGCUCCACUAAAGGAAACGUCCUUUUCUAUUGGACUCCAGGUUUUGUUCCCUUUCCUGCUGGCAGGGUUUGGGACAGUUGCAGCUGGCAUGGUUCUGGACAUUGUUCAGGUAAGUAAAACCCAAUUGCUUGGUGUAGUUUUGGCCCGUCUGAGUGUGUCCAGGUCAGGAAAGGCCUUGUCCCAUGAUACAGAGAGCCUCUCGAUCAGAGAUACAAUAAAAAGUAAAACAGCAUCUGAACUCUUAAGUGAGAUCAGUGUUGCUCACUCUGAGGAAAGUGUGGAGUGGUCAAACUAUAAUGGGAGCAUUUGUAAAUGGACUUCCUGUGUUCUCUCUUCCCCCUCUCACCAGGCUAAUAUUGGACAAAUGGAUACGGCCAAGGAUAUGUGGAAAAUGAUCAUGGGAAACCUCGCACUAAUUCAGGUUCAGGCCACAGUAGUCGGCUUCCUGGCUUCCAUCGCUGCAGUCAUUUUUGGCUGGAUUCCAGAGGGUAAUUUUAAGAUUGGCCAUGCCGUCCUGCUCUGUGCCAGCAGCGUGGCCACCGCAUUCAUCGCUUCUUUGCUGCUAGGUCUUAUCAUGAUUGGGGUUAUCAUUGCAUCCAGGAAGGUUGGCAUCAACCCAGACAAUGUGGCCACCCCAAUUGCAGCCAGCCUCGGUGACCUGAUCACCCUGGCGCUGUUGGCUGGCAUCAGUACGGGCCUGUAUAAGGAGCUCGAAUAUAAUGACUAUGCCAACCCGAUGGUUUGUGCCUUCUUUGUUGCCCUGACGCCCAUCUGGGUACUUAUCGCCCGGCGGACACCUUCCACCCGGGAAGUGCUCUACUCAGGGUGGGAGCCAGUCAUUAUCGCCAUGGCGAUCAGCAGUGUUGGAGGCCUUAUUCUGGAUAAGACAGUAUCUAACCCUAACUUUGCUGGAAUGGCGGUUUUCACUCCCGUCAUCAACGGUGUGGGCGGCAAUUUGGUGGCGGUUCAAGCCAGUCGGAUCUCCACCUACCUGCACAUGAACGCCUUGCCCAUAGCAGAGCCGAACCCAGCCCCGAGGAAAUGCCCCACUCCCUGGAGCACGUUCUUUGGCUCAGGUGUCAACUCACGUUCUGCCAGAGUGCUCUUCCUCCUGGUCGCUCCUGGUCAUCUGGUCUUCCUGUACACUAUUAACUCUAUGCAGGGUGGACACACCACUCUCACCUCCGUCUUCGUUGCAUUUUAUCUGGCCGCAGCUCUGCUUCAGGUUGUGAUCCUGCUGUACCUUGCAGACUGGAUGGUUAACUGGAUGUGGCAUCGAGGGAUGGAUCCUGACAACUUCUCCAUUCCCUACUUGACUGCCCUGGGAGACCUGCUGGGGACGGGCUUCCUGGCUCUGUGUUUCCACGUCCUGUGGCUAAUUGGAGAUCGGGACACAGAUGUGGGUGAUUGAUCCACGCUGCUUCCUUUGACUCUGUCCAAGCACCACAAAUGUCUUUAUUUAUAAUGCCACAUA